AUGACUUGCAAUGUUGAUGUUUGUGAACUGAUUGAGCAAGAUUAUCUAACAUUGACCGAAGACCAACUGAAAAAGAUGUCUUAUACCGAAAACCAGUUUAUUUCUGAAGAACUGACGAUUCACAACAGCAAUUGUGAGGAAUUUAUGAAACAGGCUGAUGAAUUGUAGGUUUAUAUUGUCGCUUUAUGUUUUUCUACGUAUGCUAUUCUUUUUUUACGUUUUAACUUAAGAUUUACUUUUAGUUAUGUUGUUUUACAUUAGUUUAUUUUAGCGUGAAGAUUCUAGAAAGGCAACUGCAUCUAAUCGGCGACAGGUUUAAGGAUUCUACUGCCAUUAUGAACUAUAGUAAGUUAACUUUUUUAUUUAAUGUUGUUUUGUUUAGUUAACGAAGUAUUGGAGCGAUUUGAAAGGAAGAACGACGAACUAUCGGCUUACAACCGACGAUUCAAAGGCUUGUUGGAGACUUAUUUGGAUAAACGAGUUAAAGUUGUUAACAGUAAGAUAUUUAGCAAUUUAGCAACAGGAACAUAUUAAGUAUUUUAAAUAUAACUAUUUUUAUGUGUUUUUAGAGUUGUUUAAGGUUUUAAAAUAAUUUUCACUGUUAAAGAUCACUUUUGAUUGAUUUUUUACGUAUUAUUUAAGCGUUUGGUAAUUUGUUGUUUUUAGGUACCAAAGAGAAGCCCAAGUGUGUGGUAGACAUUGAAACUUGUUUUGAACGGUUGCGCGACGUUGAGAAAAAUUUGGAUGAGAAAAUUGAAAAUGCUAAAGCCGAAACUAGCUAUUGGGAACAGGCAACUGGGCAUCAAGUGGAAAGAAGACUUAUGUUUGAAGAAGAACAACGUCAACUUCAUGAAGAGAGGGAAAGAAAGAUUAAGGAAGAAAAGCGACGUCAAGAAGAGGAAGAAAAUCUAAAAAGAUUGCUUGAGGAGAGAAAGCGUCUUGAACAGGAGGCAGAUGAAAAGAAACGAGUAGAAGAAGAGCAAGAGCUACUGAAGAUUCAGGAAGAGAAGCGACUUCAAGAAGAGGGAGAAAAUUUAAAAAGACUGCUUGAGGAGAGAAAACGUGUUGAACAAGAAGAGGAAGAAAAGAAACGGGUGCAAGAAGAACAAGAGCUACUGAAGAUUCAGGAAGAGAAGCGACGCCAAGAAGAAGAAAGUUUAAAGCGACAGCUUGAUGAGAGAAAACGUGUUGAACAAGAAGAGGAAGAAAAGAAGCGGGUGCAAGAAGAACAAGAGUUACAGAGGAUUCAGGAGGAGAAGCGACGCCAAGAAGAAGAAAGUUUAAAGCGACAGCUUGAUGAGAGAAAACGUGUUGAACAAGAAGAGGAAGAAAAGAAACGGGUGCAAGAAGAGCAAGAGCUACAAAAGAUUCACGAAGAGAAGCGACGUCAAGAAGAAGAAAAUCGAAGGCUGCAAAAGAUUGAGGAAGAGGAAAGACGCCAAGAAGAAGAACACUUAAAGCGAAAGCUCGAGGAAAGAGAACGUGUUGAAAAUGAAGAGAGAGAGAAGAAGCGAUUACAAGAAGAGCAUCAGAAGAAGGUUGAAAAGCCAAAGAAGAAAAUUGAGGUGCAACGUAAGAAAGUGGAAGAAUCAAGGAAGAAGAAGAUCGAGGAACCAAAGAAGAAGGUGGAAGAGCCAAGAAAGAAGAAGAUUGACGAGCCAAAGAAGAAGAAACUUUGUGAUUCGCCAAAGAGAUCUGACAGAAGAAAGAAUGACGUUGAGAAGAAUGCUUUCCGUGCACGAUCGAUGACUCCGACCAAGAUGAGAAAGGUGAACUUGGACGAUACUGUAGAGGACGAAGACAUUUUUGGGUUUUAA